AUGGCUGCUGUCUCUGAAAGCCCCGUUUUUCGGGCCACCACUACUGCCCCUGUCAAUAUCGCCGUUAUCAAGUACUGGGGAAAGCGUGACGCUACCCUCAACCUACCAACAAACUCUUCGCUUUCUGUCACCCUGUCUCAGCGCUCUCUCCGCACGCUCACAACUGCGUCCUGUUCUGCCACCUACCCCGCCACCGACGAACUCACGCUCAAUGGCAAGCCCCAGGAGAUCCAAUCGUCCAAACGUACACUAGCAUGUCUCGCUAGCCUACGGGCUCACCGAAAAGAGCUCGAGGAUGUCGACUCGUCUCUGCCAAAACUCUCUUCCUUCCCGCUAAGGAUCGUUUCGGAGAACAACUUCCCUACGGCCGCUGGUCUAGCUAGCUCGGCUGCUGGUUUCGCAGCCUUGGUUCGGGCCGUGGCCGAUCUGUACAAGCUGCCACAGUCUCCGAAGGAACUUAGUCGCAUUGCCCGCCAGGGAUCUGGAUCGGCUUGCCGCUCUUUAAUGGGAGGCUACGUCGCCUGGCGUGCCGGCGAGCUCGAGGACGGAAGCGACAGUCUCGCUGAAGAGGUCGCUCCUCAGGCCCAUUGGCCUGAGAUGCGCGCACUUAUCCUGGUUGUGAGUGCAGAGAAGAAGGACGUCCCUAGCACAACGGGUAUGCAGACGACCGUCGCAACAUCGGAGCUUUUCGCAACCCGAGCGAACGCCAUUGUCCCCGCUCGGAUGACUGCUAUCGAAACCGCUAUCCAAAACCGUGAUUUCCCUGCAUUUGCUGAGAUCACCAUGCGUGACUCGAACGGUUUCCACGCCACCUGCCUGGAUUCCUGGCCACCGAUCUUCUACAUGAACGAUGUCUCUAGGGCUGCUGUUAGACUCGUGCACGAUAUCAACAACAUCGUUGGCCGCACUGUGUGCGCGUACACUUUUGAUGCUGGCCCCAACGCUGUCAUCUACUACCUUGAGAAGGACUCUGACAUUGUUGCGGGAACCUUCAAGUCAAUUCUGGGUACAUCCCUUGAGGGCUGGUCCGGUCCUUUCUACGACGCUGUGAAGGACGCCACCCCGGAUGCGCCCCUUGACCAGGUGGACUCCCGGGCCGUGGAUGUGCUCAAGUCUGGAUUGAGUCGUGUGAUCUUGACUGGUGUUGGUGAGGGUCCCAUCAGUGUAGAGGAUCACCUCGUCGGUGAAAAGGGCGAAAUUCUCUCUACCCUAUAG